UUUCAAAUAAUUGGUAACUGUAGUUUGAUUGUUGACAGUGAAAAUCUAAUCUACUAAGAAGAAAAGACAUUGGCCGUUAAGACCCACCUUGGAAUUUGGAUCGAAACAUGUACGUAGGCUUUGGUGAUUUAUUUUUUAUAACCCACACGUCUGAAUCAUUUAACGAUCCACCUCCGCCCAGAACAAACGCAUUUUUCAGUCUGAUACCAUGACAAAGUUAUGUCUGCCCUUUAUAUUUCUCAGUUGGACCGUCCUCGUCAAUGCUAUCGAGGCUAGUAAUUGCACCACUGACAGCAAUUUCUCUACUUCCUUGGCGAAAUUCUCCGUAUCUCUCUACCAGGCUACUUCUAACAGUAUUGGAAAAUAUGACAAUCUCGUAUUAUCGCCGUCCAGUAUUUCUCUGGUUUUAGCCAUGGCGUUGAUUGGAGCGCGAGGUAACACUGCCAAGCAAAUCAAAGAAGCGUUUCAUGUGACUACCCAAGAUGACGAGACGAUUGCUUGCAAUAUUGGCGCCUUAAACAGACCAACUCAAGGAAGUGGCGUUACUCUGUCAACCGUGAAUCGUGCCCUGGUUUCAGAUGACUUUCGCUUGACGGAAUUCUUCCGUUCAACGUUACAGAAUCAAUUUUCUGCUACGGUAGAAAACGUCAACUUUUCUCUUCCUUCCACUCUAGAAGCAAUUAAUAAACAAAUCGAAAAGUUAACCAACGACAAAAUAAGAAAUUUAAUUCCUAAAGAUUCUCUUGGGGCUUCCACCAAACUGAUUCUGUUGAAUGCCAUCUAUUUUAAGGGCAACUGGCUCAAAGCUUUUGAUUCCACUAAAACCAGAGUCAGACCUUUUUAUGUCAGUCCCAACCACAAGCCAAUACUAACAAAAAUGAUGGCCAGUCGAAAUUAUUUUCGCACAGCGUUUAUCAAAGAAGCAAAUUUGCGAGCUCUCGAGUUACCUUAUUCGGGCUCGCAAUUCAGUAUGGUUAUUCUUCUACCAAACCAACUUAAUGGAUUGACUCAUCUGGAAUCUUCAUUAUCUCCUAAACUCCUCAGCCUUAUUGAUAGCAAAUUGAACAAAAUUCAAAUGGACGUCGUUAUUCCGAAAUUCAAACUCGAAUUUUCCCCUGAUCUUAAAAGUGUCUUGAGAAGUGUUGGUAUAGUUGAUUUAUUCAAUACCGAUGCUGAUCUCUCCAAAAUUUCAGGCUCUAAAGAAUUGUUCGUCUCCGAUGCUUUCCACCGAACGAUUAUUGAAGUAAAUGAAAAAGGAACUGAAGCUGCCGCUGCUACAGCAUUCAGGUUUAUAGCACGGAGUUUCAGGCGAACUCCAUUUAUUCCAAAAUUCGUUGCUGACCAUCCAUUCAUUUUUCUUAUCCGUGACAACAGGAAAAAUACGAUUCGAUUCGUGGGGCGCUUCUGUAAACCGGAAAAAAAUUAAAACAUCAAAAAUCUCCGAAACAUAUUUUCUUGUUAAUUCGAUUUUGAUCACAGCCUCCCAUUUAAAUCCUACCACUAGUUGCACUUAUCGUACGCUAGAUGGGUCUGAUAAAAGAAAAACAAUAUAAACAAACACUGUGCGUUCAUAGCGGUUUACUUCGUUGUGCGUGUGUUGAUCAAAAUGUUUUUACUUCAUCAAUUGAAUGGAAAACGAUUAUUACUGGUUGGUGAAGGCAACUUUUCCUUUACAAUAUCAUUACUUCUGAAAAUCUCUGGAAAAAAAUCAACAAGGUUGUCGACAUCACCUAGUAUAAUAUCAUCUUGCUUUCAAAAGUAUAGAGAUCUUUCUUGCUCUAUCAAAGAGAAUGCCAGAUUUGCGUGUAACCUAGGAGCUGAAAUUUGGUUUGGCGUGGAUGCAACAAUUUUGCACCAACACGAGAAAUUCAAGAAUGAACUAUUUGAUUACAUUGUAUUUAAUUUCCCUCAUGUUGGAGGAAAAAUGAAACUACAUCUAAAUCGCCUGUUGCUCAAAAAUUUCUUCACAAGCGCCAACUUAUUGUUAAGUGAGGAAGGGAAAAUAUUAGUUACAUUAUGCAAAGGACAGAGUGGAACACCAUAUGACACAGAAAGAAAAUAUGGAGACACAUGGCAAAUUAUUGAAAUGGCAACUUAUGGAGAACUCAUACUUAAUGAAGUCCAUCCUUUUCGCUCAUCUGACUGGCCAGUGUACAAUUCAAAUGGUUACCGAAGUCUAGAAAAAGGAUUUCAACUGGACGAAGCUCUUACUUUCAUCUUUGUAAGGAGGCCCUUAAGUAUUCAAUGUCAAGCCACAAUCAACAAGGAAGAAUUCGACCAUCUACACUGCCCCUAUGUUCAAAACCAUUUGGACCAACUAGAAAAUAAUAUUUUUGAAGAAAUUCCUCUUUUUUAUCCCUUCUUCAGAAGAAAAAAGGAUGCAUUUAAUGUGUGCAGAACUCUGAAAACUGCUUGCCUUUGUCAACACAACGCAACCAUCGAUUGGUGGGAAAUAGUUCUUAGUGAGAAAAAAGACUAUGAUAUAAUGUGCUGCUUGUUGUGUUAUUCAUGUUGGCAAAUGCACUCUAAUGCAAGUGCAAAUCCCGUUCAAAAAGUAAUUGUAAUGAAUUGUACAACAGAAGUUGAUGAUUCAUUGCUUUCCUUCCUUCGUCGUCGGUGCGCUCAACAAGUAGAAGAAGAUUCGUCAAUUAUUCACUUCGUAGAAACGGGAAAUUCUCUGAAAAUCGCCACAGUUUUCGCUAAUGAGGACAAGACAUUCACCGUAGCUAUUUAUGUCGAUGCGUUUCUUCAGCUAGGAGCAAACUUUGUUGAUCCUGGGCUUUCUUUCCCUUUAAAAUCUGAUUGGUUGACGUCAAACAAGUCUUUAUAUCCACCAGUAUGUUUUCACGAUCUCUGCUUUUGGAUAUCGGACGAUUUUUCACCAAAACAUUUUGCUUGUGCACUAUUCUAUGUUGCAGGAAAGAUUGUUAAGAGUUUUAAACUCAUUGAUGAGUAUUUUUGUUCAAUCAAAAACAAAAAAAGUUUAUGUUAUCGAAUUGAGUAUCAAUCGCUAUUUCAAGCUUUAAGUCCACAAAAAGCCUUUCAUGUCCAAACAAAUUUAAUAAAGCCCUUUUUGGAAGCCUGCCUUGGUGUAACAGUCCGUUAACGCCUUAUCCGUUAACAUUUCAUGUACGAUGCAAAUCACACCUUUCUUGUAGUGCUGUCCUAUGCACGCAUUACACAUACAUUGUGUGUCUUUUUUAUUUGUUGAUAACUUUCAAAUUGGUGUGCCCUUUACUGCCGGAUCUUCUGUUCGUAAUGCACUGUAAAUAUUUGAAUUUUGCGCCAGAGAUGGCUCCAUCCUGUGUUAAAAAUUAGAACUGCGCUGCACGACUGGCCCGCUAGUUUCCCUCCGGGCAUGGAAUGUGUUUUGUUUCGUCUGCAUUGGAUUUUUCGUUAGAUCUCUCCUGACUAAAAAAAAACAAGUACUUGUUUUCUCGUAGGAUUGUUAUUUUGGUUGUGUUAAUUGUUUUUAUAAACGAUGUCGAUCGAAUUUGAAAAAAAGCAAGACGGUGUUGCAUGGUGUGUGACUUGGAAAACGUGAAAACGUGAAAGUUCCUAAGGUAAAAAAAUAUUGUAAUUCAAGUGUGAAUAGUGUUUGCUUCAAUGCACUCGAGCAACUGUAGAAAGUGUUUGUCGAGCAAACGAACUGCGAUGUCGAAUUCUUGUUCUAGGACGAGGAGAAAAUCGGUGGCCAUAUUUCCAUCUUGGCAGCCAGAAGUUUCGUUUUCUCUGUCAUGUUUUACCACAACCUUCAGGAGUCCAAAAAAGUCUUCGUCCAAGACAUCCGGCCACAGAUUUUCAAGGAGAUGCUACAUUACAUUUACUCCGGCCAGACUUUGGCUCCUUUGACGGACGCCAUCGCUCAACCCCUGUUCGUAGUUUCAGACAAAUACGAUAUCGAGGACCUGAAGGAGAAGUGCGUCCGUUAUCUGCUGAGAAGCGUUCGGAAGAGUAAUGCCGUUGACUUGUUGGUCUGGGCAAAUCUUCAUUCGGUGGAGAAAAUCCAAGAAGCAGCUCUUGACUUUGUGGCU